UCUCUCUUUCUCUCUCUCUCUCUUUUUCUAAGUGACAGACAGACAUAGAUCUUAGAUUUUUUCCCAGGGGAAAAAGUGAGUUCAUCUUUUCAGAUCUUACAAACACUUUGCUUUAUAAAACUGAUGUGCCACAAAUCAUUACUAGUACUAUAUUAAUUAUCUUCACAAUUUUUGAUCUACCAUAGCCAACAAGAAAGAGCUCACAUAUGGAGAGAUCAAGCAACAUAGAGUUGAGGAACAGCUUCUACGGCCGUGCAAGAACUUCACCAUGGAGCUAUGGUGAUUAUGAUAAUUACCAACAGGAUCAUGAGUAUCUUCUAGGGUUUUCAUGGCCACCAAGGUCCUAUACUUGCAGCUUCUGCAAAAGGGAAUUCAGAUCAGCUCAAGCACUUGGGGGCCACAUGAAUGUUCACAGAAGAGACAGAGCCAGGCUCAGAUUACAACAGUCUUCAUCAUCAUCUUCAACACCUUCUCCUCCUUACCCUAACCCUAAUUACUCUUACUCUUCCAUGGCAACCUCUCCUCCUCCUCCGCAUUCUCCUCUAACCCUAUUUCCAACCCUUUCUCCUCCGUCCUCACCAGGAUAUAGGGCAGGUUUGGUCCGUUCCUUGAGCCCCAAGUCAAAACAUACACCAGAAAACGCUUGUGAGAAUGAGAAAUCAUCUCUUUUAGUGGAGGCUGAAGAGGCUAAAAGGUUGAGCAAGAAAGAUGCUUGCAAGUUCUUGAGGAAUGAUGAAAUCAUCAGCUUGGAGCUUGAGAUUGGUCUGAUCAACGAGUCAGAGCAAGAUCUGGAUCUAGAACUCCGUUUGGGUUUUGCUUAGAUGGUUAAGCUGUAGAACAUUAUCCAUAAAGGAUUUGAAGUUCUCAAUUCUAGAAGAUAUGCUGCUUCUCUAAGGUUAAUUAGUUUCAUCUAUAUGAAUUUCUGUAAGCUUGCUAAUUAGUACAACGUCAUGGUUAAUCAUAAUACUAUAAUAUAAGCUAUAUAAAACCUUGGGGCGUUAGAUGUUAUAUAAUAUAUGUAUGUGCUUAAUUACUACCGUUUUAUAUAUGACGAAUGGAUACAGUUUUGUCUACUAAUCGAUUAUUCUCGUCUUAAAAUUU